AUGAGCUCCUUCUUUGGCCGUCUCAAGUCGGGCGCCGCCCCGGCCAGCCCAGCAUCUGGCCACCCGGUUGCGAAGAAAGACCCCAAUGCGCCAGAGCCCACGCCGCUGGAGAAGCUGCUGGCCAACGCCGGACCUCUGCGUGGCGACGGCAGCGACAAGUUCUUCGGCUUCGAGAACUUUGGAAGCACAUGCUACUGCAACUCGGUCGUGCAGUGUCUCUACUACUCGGUGCCUUUUCGAGAACAGGUCAUCAACUUCCCCGCCCGCUCCGCCCCCGAGAGCCUUGAACGCCCGCAAUCCCUCCCACGCAUCAACACAAACCUCCAGAAUGGCCCACAGUCAGCGCUGUCCCCGCCAGGGCGAAACUCGUUGUCGAGUCCGACUGCGAAGACAGCUGGGAAGCCAGCAACCACGCCAGGCGCCCCAGGACAACCCCCCAAGCCUGAAGACAACAAGGACUCGCCCGAGUACAAGAAGAAGCAGGCGUUGGCCGCAGGGCCAGUGCUGACUAUGGACUACGAAAACUCCAAAACAUAUGGCAUGUCUGAAUCCCUAUUCACCUCACUGAAGGACAUCUUCGAGGCCGUCAUCGCAAAUAGGUCACGCAUGGGCGUGGUCAGUCCACACAAAUUCCUUGAAAUCUUGCGACGAGACAACGAGAUGUUUCGUACCCCAAUGCACCAGGAUGCACACGAGUUUCUUAACUUGUUGCUGAACGAAGUCGUGGAAAACGUGGAGACGUUCUCCAAGUCACGGAUAACCGAGGUCGGCGAGACACAGCAGAAUGGCGUAGUUGCGCCGGCAAUGAGUAACAACAACAACAACCUGAACACCGGCUGGGUACACGAACUUUUCGAGGGUACGCUAACCUCUGAGACACGAUGUCUGACAUGCGAGAAUACCUCACAACGAGAUGAGGCGUUCCUGGAUCUCUCCGUUGAUCUCGAGCAGCACUCAUCAGUAACCAGCUGUUUACGAAAGUUCUCAGAGGAAGAGAUGCUGUGUGAGCGUAACAAGUUCCAUUGUGACAACUGCGGAGGCUUGCAAGAAGCGGAAAAGCGGAUGAAGAUCAAACGGCUGCCGAAGAUCUUAGCGUUGCACCUAAAGCGUUUCAAGUAUACGGAAGAUCUGCAACGGCUACAGAAGCUCUUCCACCGCGUCGUAUACCCGUACUAUCUUCGACUGUUCAACACCACAGACGAUGCAGAAGACCCAGACAGACUAUACGAGUUAUACGCCGUCGUCGUCCACAUUGGUGGCGGCCCUUAUCAUGGCCACUAUGUCUCCAUUAUCAAGACCCAGGAUCGUGGCUGGCUCCUCUUCGACGACGAGAUGGUCGAGCCUGUCGACAAAGCCUAUGUGCGCAACUUCUUUGGCGGCGAAAACGUACUUGCGUGUGCCUACGUUCUCUUUUAUCAAGAGACUACCGAAGAAGCCAUGAUGAAAGAGCAAGAAGCCGACGCCCGUGAAGCUGCUGCGAAGCAAGCGUCAGAACUCAAUCCCGAAGCCGUCGCCGUCAGCGCCACAACACCGAAGACGAAUGGCGCACCAAACGGGCUUGGCCACGCACACCAUCUUUCAACAACACAGACGCCAGCAAUAGAGGAAGAAGACCAGUUCACAAGCCUCAACCACGCUGCUACUGCCCCAACCCUCAAUCCCAAUGAACACAUCCACCCUGUCGAACACGUCAGCACUAACAUCCCUGUUCUUGGUACAAAGAAAAGUAAUGCUGGACUCGGCCUGUUUGGCAAGAAGAACAAAGGCGAAGAGAAAGAGCGAAAGGCGGCUGAGAAGGAGCUGGAGGCACAAGCCAAGCAAAAACGUAAAGAAAUGGAACAACAACGGCGCAACAACUACAAGAGGCAAGAAGAUGAGCUGCAGGCAGCACUCGCAGCAUCGAGAGAGUCCGCGGUGGAGGAAAAAAAGAAGCGGGGCACCGAGGACACGCCUGCUCCUGCUGCUGCCUCUGCUGCUGCUGCGGGUGCAACCAAGGAAGCGAACGGUGUCGGCAGUCUCACCAAGGCAUCUGGGUUGAGCAGAUUUAGACACAGUUCCAUGAGUAUCAAGGGCAAGCCAAAGUUCUGGGGCAGCAAGGACAAAGGGGAUGGGAAUGGCGAUGAGGCGAGCGGGAAUGGAGAAGAACCCAAGGGACACGGCCUGGGUAGAAAGAAGAGCGUUUUCAAGUUCUAA